AUGACUGUUGGUGGUAAUGUCUUAACUCCAUCAUCUUCUAAUGUUCCCACUAUUCAAUUGAGUUCUCGCCUGAUUGUUGGACUGCGACUGCAUGGCACUAUUGCGGCUUUACAUCCACGUAUUCCCGGGCAAAUAAAGUGCCGUCCAUUUCUCCGAUAUUUUGCGGAAACCCUUAGACGUUUACAUUGUGAUGUCACACUUUUCAUUCCCCCUACACUUGCUAGUGCGGCUAUUCCUACGAAUAUUACCAAUAAUACUACUACUACUAAUAAUAGUAAUAGUAAUACUACUAGUGGAUGGCAAAUCACACAAUUAAACCAUCAUGAGUUCCCGUGUCUCUACAGAAUUGUGGAGGAUCCCACUUCUGGUAUACGGAAUGGGAAUGCGGGCUCGCGAGGACGUCAGCAGAAUUCGGCAGCCCGUGUGAAUUUUCAGGAUUAUCUUUCUCGUAUUGCAGCAGAUAUGCAAACUUCUUCUAAUCGUAUUUUGUUUAUAGACUCGGAAAUUAAUUAUAGAUUUUCACCCGUGCAAACACUCGUGCUGGAAACCUUUCAACCUUAUCAAAUACGAGAGAAACUAUCAAGAGAUUCCAGACAUCAACGCAACACCAUGGCAGGAGAUAUCACUACUCUAGCAGAAGAUCAAAUGCGUGUGAGUCAACGACAUUCAGAUAUAUUAGAAGCGGAAUAUGCAUGGACACAAGGCGAUCGUCAUAAUAAUAAUAAUAAUAAAAGGGGAAGAAGAGGAAGUUUAACAGAGAAUCCUUGUACCCCUUUUUCUUCAGAGAUGUGUCCAUCAUUAUAUAAAGAAGGUCAUCAUUAUAGUAAUAGUAAUAGUAGUGGUGGGGAUCCUUCAAGUGAUGUUCGUGCGGCGGCGCUUGCGAUUAAACGUGAGGAUUACACACUUGUGGCUCUUGCUGGAAUGUUGGUAGAAUUGGCAGCCGCAGAUGUGGCAGUGGCGGAUUAUUUACGUGUGGAGCCGCUUGUAGAGAAACUCUCUGUUCCUUUUCACGGGGAUGUGAAUUAUCUUCCGGUGGAGAAUUGUGAAGAUAUGGAGCAGUGGGAUUGGGAGACAGUGGAGGUGCGGGAGGCACCGCUGGUCCCAGACGUGGAGGAGCGGGAGGAACAUCGAAAUAUGUUUAAGUGA